AGCGGUGACACGAGAGCUAACUUUUUAGAACUAGUCACGGUAACGUUUACCUACCUAACGUUACUAGCUUUCUACACACAAAUGUCAUUGGUAGUCCCAUAGGACGGCGCACAAUUGGCCCAGGGUCGUCCGAGUUAAGGGAGGGUUUGGCCAGGUCUGUAAGAUGUAAGGACGCACCCCUGUCAAGCAAAGGCAGCGGUAAAGAGCAGGCUGCUGCUGAAGCUGCACCAACUGCUGGAAAAUACUCAAAUCAAGGUUUUGAAUGGAUGAAGGACAUAUAGUGCCAUCGGAAAGUAUUCAGCUCCCUUGACUUUUUCCAAAUUUUGUUAGGUUACAGCCUUAUUCAACAAUGUAUUAAAUUGUUUUUCCCCUCAUCAAUCUACACACAAGACCCCAUAAUGGCAAAGCAAAUACAUGUUUUAUAAUUUUUGCUAAUUCAUUAAAAAAAUAAGAAAUAUAACAUUUACAUAAGUAUUCAGACCCGUUACUCAAUACUUUGUUGAAGUGCCUUUGACAGCGAUUACAGCCUUAAGUCUUCUUGGGUAUGACGCUACAAGUUUGGCACACCUGUAUUUGGGGAGUUUCUCCCAUUCUUCUCUGCAGAUCCUCUCAAGCUCUCUCAGGGUGGAUUGGGAGUGAAGCUGCACAGCUAUUCUCAGGUCUAUCCAGAGAUGUUAGAUUGGGUUCAAGUUCGGGCUCUGGCUGGGCCACUCAAGAACAUACAGAGACUUGUCCUGAAGCCACUCUUGCGUUGUCUUGGCUGUUUGUUUAGGGUCAUUGUCCUGUAGGAAGACAAAUCUUCGCCCCCAGUCUGAGGUCCUGUGUGCUCUGGAGCAGGUUUUCAUCAAGGAUCUCUCUGUACAUUGUUCCGCUCAUCAUUGCCUCGAUCCUGACUAGUCUCCCAGUCCCUGCCACUGAAAAACAUCACCACAGCAUGAUGCUGCCACUGCCAUAAUUCACCGUAUGGAUGGUGCCAGGUUUCCUCCAGACGUGAUGCUUGGCAUUCAGGCUAAAGAGUUUAAUCUUGGUUUCAUCAUACCAGAGAAUCUUGUUUCUCAUGGUCUAGUUUUGGCAAACUCCAAGAGGGCUGUCAUGUGCUUUUCACUGAGGAUGGCUGCCAUCUGGCCACUCUACCACAAAGGCCUGAUUGGUGAAGUGCUGCGGAGAUGGUUGUCCUUCUGGAAGGUUCUCCCAUAUCCACAGAGGAACUCUAGACGAAGGCUCUUCUCCCCGGAUUGCUCAGUUUGGCCGGGUGGCCAGCUCUAGGAAGAGUCUUGGUGGUUCUAAACUUAUUCCAUUUAAGAUUGAUGGAGGCCACUGUGUUCUUGGAGACCUUCAAUGCUGCAGACAUUUUUUGGUACCCUUUCCCAGAUCUGUGUCUCGACACAAUCAUGCCUCGGUGCUCUACGGAUAAUUCCUUCGACCUCGUGGCUUGGUUUUUGAAGAAAGAUGACAGUGCCUUUCCAAAUCAUGUCCAAUCAAUUUAAUUUACCACAGGUGGACUACAGACCAGUGGGCCCAGCAGGAGAGGGUCUGAAAGAGGGGGCGGGGAGAGAUGACGAGUAAGAUCUACUGCUCAGUGCUCACCACCAGAAAUAUCCAGUAUACUUAUGAGAAAGUGUAGAAAGAGAAAGCUGAGAUGUAGGUAAGAGCUUUCGGAUGCAGAAGAUCUUAGGCGUGCCUCCAAGCAGACCAAGGCUGAGAACGCAAGGGCAGAGACGGAGAAAGCUACCCUCCAGGAAAUUAUUCACACACUUAAAGAAGAUGAACAAGGAUAUAAACGGUGAAGCCAAGUUAAUGCAAUGAACAAUCUGUCAUGACCUAGUGCAGAUCACUUGACUGAAAUGAUAAAUACUUGCCCACUCCCCCUUGAGGACACAUAAUUGCAUAUACCUGUAGCAUACAAAUUGCCACUUGUAUUGAUGAACAGGAGUGGUUAUGAAUGGGAUCAUGAAUGGUCACUUCUGGUGUUUCUUCCAAUUUUGGGGAUGCAGUCAGAAAACCAGUCUGUCAUUAUCCAUCUCCCCAGCACUAACGGAAAAAAACAUCAUUUCCCAUGAAUCCUCAAAGACAGAGGGGGGAACGUACUGUUGCAACGCAAGCUCGAGCAGCCAAUUCCCGUCCAGUGGCCAUAUUGAAAUCUCAAGUCUAUCAGGACUCUGAAGGUACUGGGUUGACUGUCUAACUGGACGUCUUUAAAAUAUCGUAUUUUUAUAACAGAGUGAUUUGAGCCAGACAUUCCACCUGAGACUCUGCCUGUACUGAACGGCAAGUUGUCUCUGACAUUUGUGGGAAAAUGAGUCCAACCGAUGCUAAACGAGGAGCUAAACGCAGGAAGAACAAGCGGGGCGGUGGCAGCAGUAGCACUGUCUGCAGUACCAGUGGCAAGGCCGGGGUUUCAGCCACGGCCUUGAGUCCUCAAGCCACGGCAACACCCGUGUCUACCAUGGGCUUUCUGACACCAGGGAGCUCUGGAAAUGGGAACAUGGUCUCUAUAACAGGCCUGAACGGAGAGGUCCCUAUGAACGGUAACGUUACACCACAAUUUUCGGAGGGGCCGGUGAAUUCCGACUUCUCUGGAGUCCUUCAGACCCCGUUCACAUUUGGCCUGAGUCAGAGGGCCCCAUACUCCACUACCGGUGACCGCUGCCUCCUGUGCCGGAGUGAGCGCAAGCCAGACAGCACCCUCCAUCCUGACACGGUGCUCCCCGGGGCAGGGCAGAAUGGUAUGGCACAGUCCCCCAGCGCACUGCAUCUGCCCCUGUGGGUGUGCUCCGACUGCCGGCGCACGGUAGAGAAGGAGGACCGCCACUCCUCCCUGGAGCAGUCACUGGUGAGCCAAGACUUCCUGUUGCAAAUGCCUGUGGGUAAUGGAGGCUUGGGCCAAGAGCUGCCCGACACAGGGGGCAGACUGACCAAUGGUGGCACACCCCCAACCCUCCCCACUCUCCCCGUCCCAGACCUCACCACCCCUAUGACCGCUGACACCGUGUGCAGUUGUGAGGCCUGCAACGAGAGACGGGAGAUUUCGGCCGAGUCAGAGCGCGAGUCCCAGCUGCUGCAGAACCACUGGUCGGAGGUACGCUACCUAGUGCGGUGCAUCUACCGCCAGACAGGCACGCCGCUGGCCGACGACCACGACCAUCCCCUGGACCGUGACAAGGAGGGCAUGAAGGAGCUGGUGGACAGGCUGUGCGAGAAGGACCCGUAUCAGCUCUACCAGAGGCUGGAGCAGCAGGCCCGCGAGUACGUCCUAGAAAUGAAGGUGCACCUGCUCAAGCACCUGUCGAACGGCUCUAAGGCUGCGGCGGCCGCCGCCCAGGUCCCCCCGCAGGCCCACCGGUUCAUCUCGCUGCUCCUGGAGGAGUACAGCGCCCUCUGCCAGGCUGCGCGCACCAUCAGCAGCUUCCUCCUCACCCUGGAGAACGAACACUUACAAAAGUUCCAGGUGACGUGGGAGCUGCACAACAAGCACCUUUUUGAGAACCUGGUGUUCUCUGAGCCCAUCCUGCACAGCAGUUUACCUGCACUGGUUGCACAGCUGAGGCACGGCACGGCCUCGUACAACGAGGACAUGUACAGAACCCUGCUGGAGAGCUACCAGCAGCUGGAGCAGGAGAUGGCUGCCGUGGCGGCCGAGUGGCAGGAGUGUGAGAAGAGGAUUGACGACUACGUCGACGAACAGCUGCUUUUUAAGGUGGAGGGCCAGAAUCUCACAAAUCAACGGACAGAACCACAUAAGUCUUUAAUUAGCAAAAAUACUUUGAAAACAAAACAACGGAUGCUGAAGGAAGACUGGGAGUUCUUUAAGCAGAGGAGGUUUAUAGAAGAACAGUUAACCAGCAGUAAGAAGUCUUUAGCUGGUGACAGUAACUUUACAGACACGAUGAGAAUGCUCUCCUCUCGUCUCAGCAUUCCAGACUGUCCAAAUUGCAAUUAUCGAAGACGAUGCACCUGCGACGACUGCAGCCUCUCCCACAUCCUGACGUGCGGCAUCAUGGACUCGCCCAUUGCCGAGGAUCUCCACAUCAAGCUGCCGCUUCAGGCCACGGAGCCCCCACAGCACCGGGACUACCUGGCCGAGGUGCACCCCCCCAGGCUCUCCUCCGGGGGCAGCUCAGCCUCCGCUUCGGCCUCCAGCUCGCCCAUCACCAUACAGCAGCACUCACGCCUCAUCCUGCCAGAAGGGGUCGCCACCACCUUUGACGACGAUGAAGUGCCUCCACUGUUGGGCAAGUUUGCGGACAUCUACCCCAUGGGCAGCUAUGAGGACCCAGGGGUGGUGGCCGGCAUGAAUGGCCUGCACAGCGAGCUCAAUGGUGGCGGAGAGAACAUGGCGCUCAAAGUUGAGUCUCCUGGAGGGAGCAGCAGUAGUUCGUCGGAGGGCGACGAGGAGGAGGCUGAUGAGGGGAGCUGCGGGGAGCCUCCGGGCCAGCGGAGGGAGCAUUCCCAAGGGAAGAGCAACAGCCCUCCGCCCUACUACCAACAGCAACAGGUGGAACAGCACGCCUGUGAGUGCCACGUGUGCAACCAGGACCUGUCCUCUCCCUCCCCCCUGGGCCCAGCUCCCCCUCUCUCUCCCCGCCGGAUCCAUACGCCCCCCUCCGGCCACCACCAUCAGUUCUUCACUGAGGGCAACAACCAGACCCCCAACCACUCUGCCCUCCACCUCUACCCCCACAUCCACGGCCAGCUGCCCCUGCAUAACCUCUCCCACCUGCCCCGGCCCCUGCUGCACCCAACACUCUACCCCAGCCCCCCCCUUUCACACAGCAAGCCUCUCCCCCCUUCCCCCACAUCGAGCCACACAGGGCCCAAGCAGCAGGCCUUCAGCCCUUCCCUACCGGACCACGUCUACCAGAACUGCUUUGGCGGAGGCGCUGGCGACUGGAACAGCUCGCUGCAGUGCCUCUCGCUCAAGUUCGAGAACAUCUGUGACGCUGCCAUGAUGAAGAAUUGGAACCCAUCAGUGCUGCUGCAGGAGCCACUGCCAGGGGACAUGCUGGGAUCACCCCACCACCCCGGCGUGCCCCUCCCCUCCUCGGGCUAUGGGGACCAUGCCCACACCGCCUCGGCCGAGUACCCCCUUCACCCGCCCCCCCCCUCGCCGUCGGAGCAGCAACAGCCCCUGCCCAGGGAGAGGAAGAACACCGCCAAGAAGAAGUGUCUCUACAAUUUCCAAGAUGCCUUCCUGGAGGCCAACAAAGUGGUGAUGGCCACCUCUGCCUCCACCGCCUCAGUCUCCUGCACGGCAACCACUGUCCAGUCAAGUAAUAAUCACAUCCAAGUUUCAUCUAAAAGACCCAACUCCUUAGGUGACGUGUUUCACAAUAUAGGUAAAGAGGACCAUAGGCAACAACCUGGCCCUAUUGCCCCUAGGAACAGCCCCACGGGCCUGGCCUCCCUCCCCCCCCUCUCAUCUGGCCCAGCCCUGCCACCUGCGCCUGGCAGCACCGCCCAGCACCACUACCCCAGCAUGGGCUCGCAGCCCUUCCUAACGACGGCCACCCCAGCCCCAGGCUUCAUGGAGGCCCACCACCAGGGCAUGUGCCUGUCCCCAGCCGAGCCGCCUGCCUCUGCCCCAGCCGAUGGGGCCAUUAGCGCCCCGCCCAGCGUGUGCAGUGACCCCGAAUGUGAGGGCCACCGUUGUGAGGGAAACGGGGCGUACGACCACCAGGGCUACGAUGGGGAGGAGAGCCAGGACGAGGACAGCUGCUCGGAGCACAGCUCCUCCACCUCCACCUCCACCAACCAGAAGGAAGGGAAGUACUGUGACUGCUGCUACUGCGAGUUCUUUGGCCACGGCGGGCCCCCGGCGGCGCCCACCAGCCGCAACUACGCGGAAAUGCGCGAGAAGCUGCGCCUCCGUCUGACCAAGCGGAAGGAGGAGCAGCCCAAGAGGGAGGAGCAGCCAGCCGUGGUGGAGCGUGACAGCGCCGCCGAUGGCAUGGAGGACCCCCGGCGGGUGGAGGACCCCCGGCGGGUGGAGGACCAUCGGCUGGUGGAGGACCCCCGGCGGGUGGAGGACCCCCGGCGAGUGGAGGACCAUCGGCUGGUGGAGGACCUGCUGCAGUUCAUCAACAGCGCCAGCGACAACAAGCCUGCCUCCAGCUCCAAGGCCGCUAAGCGGGCCCGCCACAAACAGAAGAAGAUGGAGGAGAAGGUGCGUCUGGAGGCGGAGGUCCGCGAGCAGCAGGAGCGGCGGCGUCGGGAGGAGGAGGAGGAGGCCUUUCAACGGGAACUCCUCCGGCUGCAAGAGUUGCAGCACCUCCGCGCCGCCAAGAAGAAAAAGGAUAAGGCUAAGGAGCUCGCCACCCCCCUCCCUACCCCCGUACCUCAGAACAACCCCCAGCCCCUCAAACAGACGGCCCAGAACGUCCUGGAGAACCUCCGCAACGGCAAGAGCCAGCUCCUGCACAGCCUCAUGCGCCUCCCUGGCCACAAGGAUCCCCGAGUGGAGCACCGACCCCAGCCCCGGUCCCAGCCUCCCUCACAGCACAGCCCAAAGAGCAGCAGGGAGAAAGCCCUUACUCCGGCCCUUUUCACCCAAAAUGCCCCCAACUCCGCAGCCCCCUUUCUUCUCAACGGCUCCUCCGCCGCACGCCAACCGACGGAGGCCAAUGGCAAAGCCAAGCCAAAACAGCAGCAGCCAAUUGGGCAAUCCGCCAGCGAGACAAUGAUGGUCAAGAAAAUGCCAGAGGCGACCACCACCAAUGGUACACCACAACUACCACCAGAUGUCAAAGUGACCCGACCCAGGCCUCCCGCAGAAGAUCCGGUCGCACCUCUGGCACCGGGACCCAGGAAGGAGGAGAGGAGCAACGGGAAAAGGCAGCACCAUCAGCAGUCGGCGAGCCAGGCAAAAGAGGAGAGGAGCGGGCCCUUGAAGGAGCCCUCCCCACCCCCUGCCUCACAGACGGCGCAGCACCAGCAGAACGGCAAACUCCUCAGCGCAGAAUCCCCCCAGCCCAAGGCCAAGUCCAAGAAGAACAAGAAAAAGAAGGCUGACAAGAUGAACAACUCAAUAGAUGACGUUUUCCUGCCCAAAGACAUUGAUCUGGACAGUACUGACAUGGACGAGACUGAGAGGGAGGUGGAGUAUUUCAAAAGGUUCUGCUUGGAUUCCGCCAGGCAGACCCGACAACGGCUGUCCAUCAACUGGUCCAACUUUAGCUUGAAGAAAGCAACGUUCGCCGCCCACUGAUGGAACCUCCCGUAGGGCAAAGAAAAAGAGACUGGCAGGAAGCAAUCAGCACCCCCCCCCCCCCCCCCCCAUGCAAACUGCUAUCACAUUACCCCGUCAUCACCUAGCCCUGCUGUGCCCACCCACGCUGCCUUGUUCCUUGUUGCUGUGCGGUUCUACCAUGAACCCAUCCUCUGGUCUGAUCCUCAAGCAGAACUCUUGAGAGAAUUGUUUUUUUGUUUUGUUUUUUCAAUUAAAUGACACAAGAAAAAUUACAAAAUGCUACUUUCUACUUGUUUUUUUUAAUUAUUAUUGCUUUUUUUUGUGUGCUUUUAGUCUGAGGGGCGUUUCUCUUGACUUAAAGCCAUGUUCUGAAAUGUUCUUUUUUGGGCUGAUUCAUAGUCAAAAGAUGCUUACUAUGUAUGCUUUCUGAAAUCAGACACACAUGGAAAAAAAAAUUGAGAAAAAGAGAUAUAUCUAAUGAAUUAAACUAAAGCCUUUCAUUCAGUUACUGUGGCUUACUAUCCCCUGGUUACCCACGAUUCCUCGCACGGCAUCUCAUUCAGUUAACUGACAAGGGAAUGGGCAUGGUCUGCCGCACUCUCCCCUGCCCCAACAACCUUCACUUCACUGAGAGGAGCUUGGCUUAAUACCUGACGUUAACGUUCUUUAACGUUAACGUUCUUUUUUUUUUUUUUUCAGUUCCAUUUAACAAAACCGAUAAGUAAAAGUGUACCCUUUUUUUUUCUAUUUUUGACUUGUAUCCAGCUUGUAUCACAAUACUUUCAGAAUGAAAUUGAAGAAAAGAACAAUGCACACUAUCAAUCUGUUAUAGAGUGUAUAUUGUAUUAACACUGAAGCCAAACUGGCUACCUUUUAACAUAUUGUUAAGUAAUAUUAAAAUCUUAUCUUUCUUUUUUGAAAGAUGGAAUACAGUAGUAUGGCA